AUCCCGUUCACCCUGACUUCGAAGCUUACUCGAGCUUUAUUUUUGUUCUCAAAUUUUCUUGCUCGAACUUGGUAUUCUUCACAGUGCGAUUUUUAAUUUUUUUAUUCCUUUCUUGUGAUAAAUUUUUGAUUUUGAUGUGUCAAUAACAGUCGAAGUUGAAUGUUGAUAACAAAAUUAACGUAUAGUUCACAAACUUAAUUUUGAGAAGCUCAUUAAAACACGUUCGCAUUUAUUAAUAAAAUGUUCGAGUUAAGAGCAAAUUUUUGAAAAACUUAACGAUUCCGUAACGCCGACACCGCCAUGAACAAUACAACUCGUCGCUUGUCCGGUCCAGUGCGUCAGCUGUCUUUGCAGCAACCUCCUCCGCCACGUAAUCAGCAACCCAUACGUCGUCAAAGGUCAACGGAGGAUGAAAAAUCAUUGAAGCACUCGGCGUCGAGCAAAUUUACGAACAAAUGCGACUACUACACGAGGAGUCAAAUGUCACUGCACGAUCGUCCGAAAAUUCGCAUGGCCUGGAGCGACGAGGCUAACCGUGCGGUGGUCAAAACCAAAACUGAGGUAGACGUUGAAAUCGUGGCAAGGCAGAUUCCAACAGUGAAACCUGGCAGACCUGCCACCGGCAGAAACAUGAGGAACAUGAUGAACAGGUACUCGUUGGGAGAGAAGGCCACGAUUUUGUACUCCAGGCAAGAACUAGCCGAACGUUUGAGAUUAGCUUGGAGACAGAGACAGGAAAAUAAAUCAAACAUCGACAUUUUUCUCGCCCAUAAUACUGUGGAGGAGAAGUGCGAUUCGGCAAUGUCUACUCUGAGCAAUCCACCUUCAACAGUUGAAUCACCGCCGACGCCGGCAAACAUUUUUUUAGCUAAUUCCAAUCAAAAAGUCAAAGAAAAUGCUAACGAUGAAAAAGUACAAAAUGUCGAAGCUUCCAGUGUUGCUACUGUAAAUGAUAAAACAAUGGAGCAAGACUCGACUAACUUGACUUGUGAUGGUUUCCAAUUAUGGUAUCCACCAUUUGAGACUAAAUGCCCUAAAAAUGAUGUAAAAAAUAAUAAAGACGAGAGUACAACAAAAGACGGAGAUAAAGUAAUUGUUGAAAAAGCCGAUGCUACGAGUAACAAAACUUUGAUUACGAUAAAUUGUAACGUCUGGAGUAGUAAUUGUAACACAGAAUCGAGCGACGAGACGAAGGAAAAGGUAACUUCCAGCAUGGAAAACGAUUAUUCGCGAGCUCGGCUGAGGCGUGCAAGUUUCAAAAGUGGCCUGAACAAAGCUUUUGUCGAGCCUGUAGUCGAGAAACCACCGACUCCACGUCUCUAUGGUCGAGUCGGCAUCAAUACUCAAGAGCAACCAAAGAGCAUACGUCGAACUAAUUCGGCACCACCGCAGAAGAGAAGUCAGGAAAACGUAAUGGAGGACACAGGAUCGGAAGUCGGCUCAAGCCCGACGGAGAUCAGAACUGCUGCACCCCGACGAAUCAUGAGCGCCGAUGAUCAUCACAAUCACCAUAAUCAUCAGCAGACUCGGUCACUUCUAAAGACCAAUUCCAAUUCCAGCAGUCAGAUUAAUGUCAGGCCGAUCAAAUCGGCUCAGGCGAUCAAGAAAAGAAUCAAAUUCAGUAAAAAACGCAAUUCCUCGUUUAAAGACAAAAAAGAUGACGGCGAUGUAAGCAAAGGGAAAAAUAAAAGUUUGAAAGUUGAUAAAAACGUCGUACUCGAAACUAAAUGUCCGGAAGUAGUGACAAUGGUCUCGUUGGUCAGUUCGGCGGAAAGCGAGAGCGAGAUCGACGAGAACUCGCCGAGAGACAAUAAGCUCAUAAGCGAGCUGAGGAAUAAGCUUUCGACAACGCCUAUUAUCAAGUCUUCGAAUGGCUUAAAUGCUCGAAUAAGGAAACCAUUUAAAUCAGUCUCGUUUCAGCAGGAUUCUCUGGAUUGCGACUCGCCGCCACGAUUGGACAACGCGAGAUUAACGAGCUACGAGACUCAUAUGGUGCGGCCGGUCACGACCUCCUGCGCUUACAGCCAGAUAAUGCGCUACUCUGGCCUGGAAUCGAGCCUCGGGACUUGGCACGCGACGUCGAGCGGCGGCGGUGCCUCGUCCGAGUGCGGCACCGGUCACGAGAGCAGCAGUGCCAACCUGGCGCCGACGGCCCCGCUCACGGACCGCGAGAAGCGAUGCUUGGCGGUGCCCAUCGGUGACGUUUUCUACGACAAGAAGCCGAAACUCGUCAGGUGCCGCAGCGCUGUUGCUCCGCCCAGGCUAAUCGACUCCGAUAAACGAACAGAUGCACGCCAAGCCUUGUACUCGCAGCAAGAGACGCGGAGCGCGAUGCCGUUGACGAUCCAACAUUCGGCUGGUUCGAUUCAACAAACCAACUCGAGUGUCCGGGACGAGUCAAACGAUAAGACGCCAGGCCAGGUAUCAAGUUUGGAUAUCAAUUUAGAGAAAGAAAAAUCAAUCGUAAGUGAACCAUACUGUCAAACACCCAAAGAAAAGGAGUGUUGGCAUCUGUACAGAAAAAUGUGCGAUAAAGGAGUAUUCGUCUCAUUCGAUACAGUUUUGAGGGGCAUGCUGACACCGACCGAGUAUCGUUUGCGACAAAAGGAAGUCAAUCGAAAUUCCUGACAGCCAUAAACUUUGUGUAUCUUUUGCAUCCGAGAAUCCGUACUUAUUAAACAUUAUAUUCAAGUCUGCGUUAAUGUUGCGACGUUGCACUAUCAUAGGAUAAUAUCGAUUUAUCAUAAUAUAGAUGG